AUGUCAGGAUUACCGUCAACGGCUGAUAACAGUGCGCUGAGAACUCACUUCGGCAGCAGAGGUGCGACUAUCACAGACGCUAAGGUGGUUUUUAAGAAGGGCAGCGGGGUGGGCACGAGCAGACAAUUAGGGAAAUCCAGGGGUUUUGGUUUCGUAGGAUUUAAAACGCCAGAAGAAGCCCACGAAGCUUUGCAAUUCUUCAACAAUACAUACUGGGGCACAUCGAAGCUCGAAGUUGAACUUAUUAGUGACAAUAAGAGUAUUCAAGAGCAGCUUCUUGACGGUAAAGAGACUAGAGCGAAGCGUAGAAGGAAGGAAGGAAACGAAGGUAAGGAGGAGUCAGACAGUGAGGAUGAAUCAAACAAGAGAAUAAAGACACUUAAGCCUGUACAUCUCAAGGCUAUCGAGAUGCAGAAAGCAAAGAACAAUACUGGCAAUGUGGAUCAAGGCCAAGUUGAGGACGUAGAGAAGGAUGUAAAUACAGAAAUGUCUGAUCUGGAUUACAUGCGCGCUAGAAUGAAAAGGCGUCAUAUUCCCGAAGAGCUCGACGACCCAAGCAAUAGAGUCCCCGAACACCCACCACAGCCACAGGAAACACCAGAACAAGCUGAAGCUCGUAAGCAAGCAGAGGUUAUCGAUCAGGUUAUGGAAACAGCUCGUAUUUUCCUUCGUAAUUUGCCAUUCAGCUGCACUGAGGAGGACCUCAAGACGGAGUUCUCCAAGUUUGGCGUUGUAAACCAAGCUCAUAUACCGCUUAGUAAUGAUACAAAGACUCCCAUUGGUAUGGCUUACAUCUCAUUUGCAUCUCCAAAUUCUGCAGUUGCUGCUUUUAAGGCGUCGGACGGAUCAAUUUUCCAGGGAAGACUACUUCACGUCCUUCCUGCAGUUAACAAGCGUGCACCUCAGGAUCAAUCAAAUGCAAGCUUUAAAAAGAUUCGUAAUAAGGAUAGAAAAGAGGGCGCUGAGAGCAGAGAUUUCAGUUGGUCUGGUUUAUAUAUGAAUGCUGAUGCAGUUGUCAGCUCUCUUGCAUCAAGAUUGAAAAUAGAUAAAUCUGAGAUACUCAGCUCAGAAUCCUCUUCUAAUCCAGCAGUCAAGGUUGCUUUGGCAGAGACACACAUUAUUAACGAAACAAAAGGAUUUUUGAAAGAUCAGGGGGUGAAUUUAGAUGCAUUCUCUCCCGAAAACAAAGGACCUAGACUUGAGAAUACAAUCCUAGUGAAAAACAUUCCAUUUGGGACGAGUGUCGAUGACCUUGAUGCAAUUUUCAGACCAUUUGGAGAAAUAGGCAGGCUGCUUUUACCACCAGCUGGUACGAUUGCAGUAGUUGAAUUCACAUUACCUCAAGAUGCUCGCACAGCGUUUAAGAAGCUAGCGUACAAGAGAUUGGGCAACUCCGUCCUGUAUCUCGAAAAGGCGCCAGACGGAAUAUGGAGUAAAGAGCAACCAUCUUCAGAGGCUAUCGCUGGUGGACCUAAACCAGUCGAAGUGAAGGAGAAUGAAGCAUCCAAUGAGGAUGGAGGAGAAGCAGCCAGCACGCUCUUUAUUAAGAACAUUGCAUUCAGCAGCACCGAAUCUAAGCUUGCUUCCAUAUUCUCCUCCAUUUCUGGAUAUAGAUACGCAAGAAUACAAACUAAACCUGAUCCUAAGAAGCCUAGCAACCGACUAAGCAUGGGAUAUGGUUUUGUUGGAUUUGAUAAUGAAGAGCACGCAAAGCAUGCCCUUUCAACGAUGCAGAACUACGUUUUAGAUGGGCAUUCACUGCAAGUUAAAUUCGCACAACGUGGCAAAGAGUUAGACUCUACAAACACCACUUCGAUGGGUCAAUCGAAGACGACAAAGAUGAUUGUCAAGAAUGUUCCGUUCGAAGCAACGAAGAAGGAUGUCAGAGAGCUGUUCGGUAUGCAUGGUCAGCUCAAAUCUGUCAGAGUGCCGCGCAAAUUCGACAGAAAGACGCGCGGUUUUGCCUUUUUGGACUUUGUUACAAGGAGGGAUGCGGAGAUCGCUUACGAGAGUCUAAGACAUACACAUUUGUUGGGGCGUCACUUAGUUCUUCAAUGGGCUGAUGAUGAGGCCGCGAAUGACAUUGAUGCUCUCAGGGAGAAGACUGCGUCGUCGAGGUCGACCAAUAUGCCAACGAACAAGACCAAGUUUGUUGGACCGGAGGAUUUGGCGUUGGAGGAUACUAGCGACUAG